AUGCCCUUCAACGGCAACCGCCCCGGUUUGUUCACAACGGGGCCAAAGGAGAAAUUCAAGAGAAAUCCAGCCAACCUACCAUCCAACCACACACUCAAACCCAACACCAGCGGCGCUUUCAAGAAGCGCACACUCGGCAGCGGUGGCGAAGAUGAACCGACUCCUUCCUCCAGCGCGAAGAAAGCCAAGACGGAGAUGACCCAAGCUGGACCCAUCAACAACACCCCGUUGGGCAGCUCCACCGCAGCUCAAGUCGUUCCAGACGCCGUCCAAUCACCUGGCUUCAACAACGGCCCUUCCAACAACACAAACAAGAACAAAUCCCAAGUCGCCCAGCGCCAACCUGAACGCAAGCGCAAACCAUCAGCCAAAAAAGUCCUCCCCUCCCGCCAAAUCCCCAGCUCCCUCGACGAAGCCUCCGAAGAAGACCGGCAACUCCUCGGCAUGCGCGACGCAGGAACAGACUGGAAAGCCAUCCGCGCCAAAUGGGAAGAGCUCACCGGCGAGACGACGGGCGUUUCCACCUUGCCGAACCGCUACGCGCGUCUCAAGGAGAGUUUCACCGUCAUCAGGGAAGAAGAUCACGCGAGGUUGUUGGAAGCUAAGAGAGAGGUGGAGGAGAGUUUUGAGAAUCAGAAAUGGGAUCUCGUGGCGCGGGUUGUGCAGGAGAAGGGUGGCGAUGGCUAUGCUGGGGUGGUGUUGCAGCGUGGGUAUAAGAAGAUGAUGACUCAGGGCAUGGGAGUUGCGCCGCCUGCUGGCGUGAGGGAUCCUGACUUUGAGAUUGAGUCGCUUGAGGAAGGCGAGGAGGCAGAUGAGUGA